CAUGGCGUUCAUGGUGAAGAGCAUGGUGGGCGGGCAGCUGAAGAACCUCACGGGCGGCCUGGGCGGCGAGGAGAAGAGCGAGAGCGAGAAGUCCCCGGCCGAGGCUCAGGGCAUGACCCGCGAGGAGUAUGAGGAGUAUCAGCGGCAGCUGGUGGAGGAGAAGAUGGAGAGGGAUGCCCAGUUUGCCCAGCGCAAGGCGGAGAGAGCCACGGUCAGGUCGCACUUCCGAGACAAGUACAGGCUGCCCAAGAACGAAACCGAUGACAACCAGAUCCAGCUGGUGGGAGGUGACGUGGAGCUGCCCAAGGAGCUGGCCAAGAUGAUCGAGCAGGACAACGAGGAGGAGGAGGAGAAGAACUCGGUUAUCGGCCAGCUCAGCAACAUCCAGAACCUGGACCUUGAUUCCUUGAAGGACAAAGCUUCGGCCACGCUAGAGGACCUGAAGCAGUCGGCGGAGAAAUGCUCCGUGAUGUGAUGGGGGCUGAGCAGGGAGGGGACGCAGCGCAGGGUCCGGCGGGGGCCGCUGCCUGCAGCGGGGACCCCAGCCACGCCGUCACCCCUGCCGCGUGUCACUCGGGUCCUCCUGAGCCGUGUGACCCCUCUCGAGUCCCCGCCCCAGGUGUCCCUGAUGUGUGGCUUUCGUUCCGUUCUCCGGGCUGAGGUUUAGAGCCAAGAGCCAGCAUGUCCCCCCCCGUACCCCAUGUCACCCCUGCCGUGCCCGUGCCCGUGCCCGUGCCCGUGCCCGUGCCCGUGCCCGGGCAGGGGGUGUCUGCAGCCAGAGCCCCGCAGGUCGCAGGGAAGGAGAGCGACCUUGGCGUGUCCUUGACCUUGGAGAGGUCAGGCUCUGCCUCCGCCUUCCCGCUCAGCCUCCUAGGAACGCCCGGGAGGCUCCGAUUUGCCUGGCAAGGACGAGGCAGGGUGUGGAACACCCCCCCCAUCCCGCGUCCCGUAGCCAUCACCCGAGAAAGGACAUCCCAUCCCCGCAGGGAGCACCAGCCCCGCGCCCUUGAGGCCCCUGCGGAGGAGCCAGCUGGCGAGGAUGUGCCACACGAUCCCGCUCAUCCCUGUGGGGAAGGGGGGUGCUGAAGCCUGAAUUGACGCCAGAGAGGAGCCAAAGCCCUCCCUGGUGCUGCGCUGAGCCCGCAGCAGCCCUUCCCCGGAGCAGUGGUGUCCCUCUCCCGGGAUGGGAUCCCGUCCUUGUUCCUUCCAGGAGCAGAGCAAAGCCACGAGGGAAUUUCUGCCCGUGCUCCCGCCCGUCGUGCUGUAGUCGUGCUGUGCUCGGUUGAGUGUCCCUCACCUCCUGUGCUGUCCCCGUGCCAUGGUACUGUUAUAACCGGUGGAAUAAAUACCAGGACA